GUUUUUUGACCAAAACCUUUUUGUUUGUUUGUUUGUCUUUCUCUCUGCUGCCUUCCUUGAAUGUGGUUGAACACAUCCGUACGAUACUUGAAUCUCACUCUUUCUCCGAAUCGUUUCACUGAGAUUUCGAUCCCGAGGAAGAACAGUCUGCGAAUCCUCAGAGUUAUUUUGAUAAAUUAGGGUUGAUUUUUCAAGUGUGGGGUGAUUAUGAUGAAAGCUUCGAUUGGGAGGUUAAGGAAACUAACGUCGCAUAAGGUCGAUGCAAAGGAGAAAGGCGAGCUCGUCGCUACGGCACUUGUUGACGAACUCGCUCGAGCUGGCAAGGAUAUGCAUGACAUGAGAGACUGCUACGAUAGACUACUCGCUGCUGCUGCUGUUACGGCAAACAGUGCUUAUGAGUUCUCUGAGUCAUUGGGAGAGAUGGGUAAUUGUUUGGAGCAAAUUGCGCCUCAUAACGACGAAGAAAGCAGUAGAAUCUUGUUUAUGUUGGGUAAAGUUCAGUUUGAUCUCCAGAAACUUCUUGACACAUAUCGUAGUCAUAUAUUCAAGACGAUUACGUCCCCAUCAGAAUCACUUCUCAAUGACCUCAGAACUGUUGAGGAUAUGAAGCAACAAUGUAACGAGAAGAGAAAUGUGUUUGAGAUGGCGCUUGUGAAAGAUAAAGGAAGGCCUAAAAGCAGUAAAGGAGAAAGACAUAUUCCUCCAGAGUCUCGACCUGCUUACAAUGAGUUUCAUGAAGAAGCAACGAUGUGCAUUUUUCGAUUGAAAUCUCUCAAGGAAGGACAAGCUCGUAGUCUCCUCACGCAAGCAGUCCGUCAUCACACUGCUCAGAUGCGUCUGUUUUACACUGGAAUGAAAUCGCUGGAUGCAGUAGAGCGUCACGUAAGAGUUUCUGCAGAGAAACAACACAUUGACUGUGAUCUCUCUGUUCAUGAGAACGAAGUGGAAGGUAGUAAUGAGGAUGAUGAUGAUGAUGAUGGCCAAUACAGUCACAGAGAAGGAGAACUCAGUUUUGCGUACAAAGAAAAUGAGCGGAGGGUAGAAGCUGCUUCUAUAUCUCCAACAUGGGGUUCAGUGAAGAUGGACGAUACAGACGACUCGUGUCCUCGUCCUUCUGUAACAAGAACAUCAACGGUAAAUGCUGAUCAUAGAGAAGAGUACCCUCACAGGAUGACCAGCUAUUCAGCUCCGUUGUUCCCGGAAAAGAAAACAAAGACGAAUCCAUCUUCCAAUGCUUACGUGUUACCAACCCCAAGCGAUUCACGGUACUCAAACCCGGCUUUAAACCCGAGGCCAGCGAACCACAGCGUCGGAAACAUAUGGCAUUCAUCUCCGUUAGAACCGAUUAAAAGCGGGAAAGACGCUGAAAACAACAGCAUCUACGUCCGCCUCCCUCGCCCUUCUACAACAGACAAGCAUCCUCAUCAACAGCAAGCAGCUGUAAGAUAUGCAUUUUCCGGACCAAUCAAACCCUCAUCAUCAAAACCUGUCACCACCACAACCACAGACACGUUUCGUCCUCUGCCGACUCCUCCUGUACACCAGUCUCAUUCUCCGAGAGCCUCCCCUACAGCUUCACCUCCUCCUGCGUCUUCUUCUUCCCCGAGGUAUAACGAGCUUCACGAGCUUCCGAGACCACCGGGCCACUUUCCACCACCGCCAAGACGAGCCAAAUCCCCUGUUCUGGUUGGUCACUCGGCGCCUCUAACCGGAUGGAACCAAGAAAGAAAAAACACCGUUACUCUCGCUCCUCUGUCCACCACCAACAUUGUGGCAUCGCCACUGCCUGUUCCUCCACUGGUCGUUCCUCGGAGCUACUCUAUACCUUCAAAUAACCAUAGAGCCGUAGCUCAACGAGCGGUCGGAAGGAACGAAGACGGAGUAGCAUCCCCACCGUUAACACCAAUGACCCUGUCUCGGCCGCUUGAGUCCACGGGAGUUGCUCAGACCAGUCCAAUCAGAGGAGUAGGAGAGCUGAUAGAACGAUGAAGCUACGGCGUCGCAUUUGACCAAAACGAGAAUCAGGAGAAUCAGCAUAAGUGAAUAUACUACUAGUCAGUAUAUAUGUAUAAUUCUUUAGUUGGUUAAUUUCGUUUUCUCUAAUUUUUUUUGCCCUCACUUUUCCAUUGUAAAUCUGAAGCCUCUGUUCAUUUUUCAUCCCUUUAAUAUUUCUCUCUUUUUAUAUUACUGCGGUUUAUGUCCGAGAGUUUUUAAUAUAAUAAAAAAGAAACACAAGCGUA